AUGACAUCAGAAGUUAGUUUGCGCAAAGUCAGCGUACAGAAAAAGCUUUUUGUGAUGCACACCUUUGUUGUUGUCCAGCAUCGCAGUAUGAAUGUUGGGAAAGCAAAAGCAUUAACUAUAAUCACAUUACAGGCCAAAGAAAAAGAUAUAAAAGGAGCACAGGCUUCCACAGAAAUUGAGGUCCUCAAGCCACCUUGUGACUACACUGUAGAAAUUUGGGAAGUUGAAGUUGUUUUGGUAUGGGAUUUCAGUUCGGCCUUUGAAAAAUUGAUUAAUAAUUCUCUUGUACUUGAUAAUAAUCUUCGGUUUUCUAAAGUUGCAUACAAAGGGUCAAACAAAACAUGGUACCAAAUGAAUAAAAGAAAGAGACAGAAGAUGGCGAUUGUGAUUGAAAGUGGAAUAGCUAGACUGGCAUCAUUCUAUUUUCCUUCCCUUGGUACACUACAUGGUAUAUUGUAUAACACAGUCUACAUAAAUUUAACUGAAAGUAUAUGA